UUGUUCAUCCCUUGACAAUGACUGGGACCGCUGGCCCCAGCCCGUAACCGGGUCCCGUCCGUCCCUGCAGCCGGCCCAGGCCGUCGGUGUGACCCCCAUUGGGACAACUCCACCGCCCAUGCCGACACUCGCCAAAAACGAUCUUCGUACGGAUACACUGCGGAUACACAGUAUCUACACUAGUUUUUCUCCCUCGAUAGCACACCCGAGAUGCUGUGCAGCAACAACUUGGUCAACGUCCUCAAUGACUGGCAAUUCGUCCCUCGGCACGCCAAUGAGGCGCUGGGCUGCGCCUAAGCCCCUGCCGUCCCCGCCGAUUCGGGGCUAUCCCUGUCCACCGCCCUACCUACCUCUCCCAUGUUUCUCAGCGGGCCGGCUGCUGCAUGGCGUUCUCUUGGUAUCCGCGUCGAAGAUUGACAGCAGCCAACUGCUCGGUCGCUCGCCGCCCUCACCUUGGGCGACCGAUGCUGUUAUUCAUUACCCCAUGACCAUCGGCGAACCUUCCGAUUAUUGCUUCAAUAUGAUCGGCCUUUUCCUCCGUACCCGCAACCCGGAGUCUUUGACGAUUCAGCAAGGAAGCGGAAAAUUUUCAACCUCGGGAGCCCUUGAAUCAUGGCACAACGCUGCUCAACUCCUUCAAUCUACUUUACUUGGGGUCCUCGGUCCUCGGCCAGACUGGAACCAUACUGUACAGUUUCCUUUACGCCAGAGUCGGUUGCGAAGAUGGCUUGUCAAAUGGUUCCCUAGGUCUAUCUGCAUGAGCUAUGCGCCAGAGUUCGAAAUAGACUGCAAGCACUCGGUCACAAGUACAGUACCUGUCUGUGCAGGAUCUGCUUAUAGCCAUUCUGCGGAUAGAGUCGACGGGCCACAAGACUUGUGUGUAUUCUCUGCCGUCACGGUGAGCAAAAGCGACCUUGACACGCAGUCAGACGCGAGACACACAGCCAGUCAGAGGGUUCACGGGCUCCAUCUCUCCCACACGGAUUGUAUAACUCGCACGCCAGUUGGCUGCUGCCUUCGCUGCCCUCCGUUACAUCUCCCGCUGUUUGCUGGACUGGAUCUUGGGAUGGAUGCCCUGCAAAGUCAAAAUCCAAAAAGGGCAAGCCAGCCUAGCAGGGGUUGUUGACAGGGCAGCCGACUCAUGCAAGUACAGCAAUGACAACGGUUUACUUUACGGUCGGGAGACUGCGCCUCAUUUCGUCUGACAAUUUUUUUUUUCUCGCAGAAUUCUCACUGUCUGUACAGCAUUUCCCCCAGAAAACACGCACUCACAGCCACUACUUUUCCACCACGGACGCUAGCGGCCGCUACUGUGGGAAACGGAAUGACCG